GCGUUUGGGAGAUGUGAAAUAAGGUUAGUUGACGCUGAGACUGAGCUAUCUGUGCAUAGACACGAUCACCCAACAACUUCAGGAUGAAUGGGGAUAUGCCUCAUGUUCCCAUCACCACUCUUGCUGGGAUCGCAAGCCUCACAGACUUAUUAAAUCAGCUUCCUCUCCCAUCACCGCUUCCUGCCACUACCACUAAGAGCCUGUUGUACAAUGGAAGGGUUGCAGAAGAAGUCAGCUGUCUCUUGGCCUGUCGAGAUGAAAACUUAGUUUCACAGCUUGCACACAGUCUCAACCAGGUCUCCACGGACCACAUAGAGUUGAAGGAUAAUCUUGGCAGUGAUGACCCAGAGGGUGACAUCCCAGCGCUGCUGCAGACUGUCCUGUCUCGGAACCCUAAUGUUUUCAGGGAGAAAAGUAUGCAGAACCGAUACGGGGUUCAGGGCGGUAUUAUGCAGCAGCCAAUGAUGCCUCAGUAUAAAAUGGCACAGAAUUCCAUGCAUAACAGCCCUGCUUCUUCCAAUUAUCAGCAAACCACUAUCUCUCAUAGUCCAUCAAGUCGCUUUGUACCGCCACAGACGAGCUCUAGUAAUCGAUUCAUGCAUCAGCAGAACAGCCCUGUUCCCAGUCCGUAUGCCCCAACAAGUCCUGCAGGUUUCAUGCAGUAUGCUCACACUCCCAGCUAUACUCAGCACCAACAGAUACAGCAAGAGCUCCAUGGCUCCCCUCUUGUUUCUGCACCUACAUUUUCAGGAAGCCCUCAGAGGCCAGUGCAGCCUUGUCUCAUAGUGCAGACUCAGCCCUCUCCACAGCAGAAUUCUUCCACCCCAACGUUAGUUUGUGUAGCUAGUUCCAUGGUCCCUGGCAGCAUGAGAAAUAUUCAUGAUAACAAAGUAUGUGGCCAGAUGUCUAGUAAUUCAGCUAAUCACCAUGCAGAUAACUCCAGACAUGGAUCAAAUGAAGACUAUCUUCACCUGGUGCACAGACUGGGUAAUGAGGACAAUGAUCCUGCUAUCAGAAAUGCUUCCUUUUCCCUUCGGUCCCCACAGUCUGUCUGUUCUCCUGCUGGCAGUGAUGGUGCUCCAAAAGCUGGAUCUAGACCACCCCUUAUCUUGCAAUCUCCACCACCUCCAUACGCCUCACCCAGAGAUGCUGCAUCAGACAUCCUUAUAGACUCCCCAGACAGAAAGAAAAAACAGAAAAAGAUGAAAAUGAGUAAAGAAGAAAAAGAGCAGGCAGAUAAGGCAGCAAUGUAUGACAUCAUCAGCUCUCCAUCUAAGGACUCGACGAAACUCACGUUAAGACUGUCGCGUGUUAAAUCAUCAGAAAUGGACCCGCAGGGUGAUUUGCUCCCUGGCAUGGACAACAGUACGGAUCCUGAGGGUGACUUGGCAUAUAACAACAUGCAGUAUACAGGGCCACCUCCCAAAACGCCAGUGGCCCCCCAGGAUGUGCUCCGGCCCUUCAAUGCUGCUGCUCAAUGCUUGCCUCAAAAUGAGCAGGUCAAUUUCCUUCAGGCACAACAAGUGCCGGUUUUACAGCAGAACAAUUCAGUGGUGUCAGCCAAACAACCACAGCCGCUGGCAGUGCAGCCCCAAGACGCACCCCAGCUACAGGGAGCCAUGCAGCCCCUGUCUGUGACCCCCUAUGAUGAAGUUGAAAUGGACGCUCUAGCAGAGAUUGAGAGGAUAGAGCGCGAAUCUGCCAUCGAGAGAGAGCGCUGCUCAAAGGAGGUGCAGGAUAAAGAUAAGCCUUUGAAGAAAAGGAAGCAAGAUUCCUAUCCACAGGAACCAGGAGCCGGAGGAACAGCUGGUAGUACAGGGGGAACCAGUGGUGGAGGAGUUGGCAGCACAGGGAACAAGGUUGGUCCACAAGAAGCCAGUGUAGCUGGAAAUGGAUCUAGUCGGCCAGCUCUAAUGGUGAGCAUUGACCUGCAUCAGGCAGGUCGGACAGAUUCACAGAGUCUCCCAGAACAAAUGUCUGCAAUGGAUAAACAAACAGAGGAACAACAAGGAUUACCUACUCCUAUUGAGGCAUCUGAUGGGGAUGUACCUGAGACUAUAAAACAGGAAGAUCCAGCCAGCGCUGUCACGCCAGUUUUAGAAAAUCAGCCAGAGGACUCCAGUAAGAAAUCAGACUCUGAGACUCACAAUGUUUGUGAUGAACGACCUGAGGUUAUCAAACACCGGCCUGAAACUCCUAAGCAAAAAGUAGAAAAUAGGACUGAGGCAACAAGACAAAAAGGAGAAAACAGGCCAGAGACUCCUAAACCAAAAGGAGACAAUAAGCCAGACACUGUAAAGCAGAAAAGUGUAGAAAGUAAGCCAGAGACUCCAAAACAAAAAGAGACUAUAUUGGACACACCAAAACAGAAAUGUAGUGAAAACAGGUCAGAUACACAACACCACAAAUCUGAAAACCGGCGAGAAUCUUCUUCCAAGUCAUCUAACUCUGAGAAAAGGUCAGAAGUGUCAAAACACAGGCACGAAGGCAAAACAGAUUCUAGCAAGGUAAAAACUGAAGGAAGGAGUUCAGAAACUAGGCAAAGGACAGAUGGACGGCCUAUUUCCUCUUCCUCUGAAUCUUCCCGACGGGAUCAUGAUGGUCACAGGCAGGAUAAGGGUUUAGGGGAUCAGUCUAGGAUGAGAAGGCCAGAGACACCCAAAUCCUCCAGUAGGGGUGAACCUGAGUCUAAACAUGGGGUUAAAUCUGAAAGCUCACGAGACCGAGAAAGGGAGAGGAAACACAGACAUGAGUCUGGUGAAACCAGAGAGAGGCGGACAUCCGAAGAUCAAAAAUCUCGACCCGAGAGUCCUCGAGUUAAACAGGAGUCAAAAGGAGACUCUAGUAACAGACAUCGACCUGACAGACAUGGGAUUCGAUCUCCUAACAGCAAGGAUGAGCGUCGGUCAGAUGGAAAUCGAAACCGUCCUGAUUCACAUAAAUCGCAACCUGACAACAAGGCAGAGUUCCCCAGUUACUUACUAGGAGGCCGAUCGGGAGUACUAAAAAAUUUUGUAAUUCCCAAAAUUAAACGGGACAAGGAUGGUAACAUCACUCAGGAAAUAAAAAGGUCGAAUCUUAAGCAGGAGCACAAAGGAAAGGUGGAAAAGAUGGGUUUGGUGGAGGAUUUGAACAAAGGAGCAAAGCCCGUAGUCGUCCUUCAAAAGCUAACAUUUGAUGAGGUCCAGAAAUUCAUUAAAGAGAAACAGGAUAGGAAUGCUCGGACUUCCAAUAAAUCCAGCAAAAACAGGCCAUCAUCAAAAUCAGGAAAAGGUGGAAUAGACCAAUCUGUUUUAAAAGAUCUUCCGCCUGAGUUGUUGGCUGAAAUUGAAUCAACUAUGCCACUAUGUGAACGGGUCAAGAUGAAUAAAAGAAAACGCAGUACUGUCAACGAGAGACCAAAAUAUGCUGAGGUCAGCUCGGAGGAUGACAGUGAGAGUGAUGAAGCCUUUGAAUCUCCUCGAAAAAAACACAAAAAAGACAAGGAUAAAGCUUGGGAGUAUGAAGGACAUAGAGACAGGCGAAGCUCAGGGGAUCACAGGAGGAGUAGUUUCCUGCAAGAAGGAAGGAGAAGCUCAGGCAGUCGAUACAGAGAGCGAAGCCCUGAUGAUUCUGAGGAUGAUUCACCUCCUCCAAGCCUCAGUGAUAUUGCCAGAAGAAUGAAGAAAAAGGAAAAGCUGAAAAAAAGGAAAGCUUAUGAACCUAAACUAACACCAGAAGAAAUGAUGGACUCCUCAACAUUUAAGCGAUUUUCUGCCAGUGUAGACAACAUUUUGGAGAAUUUGGAAGAUAUGGAUUUCACAGCCUUAGCGGAUGAUGAUGAAAUUCCACAGGAGUUAUUGUUGGGCAAACAUCAGCUUAAUGAACUGGGUAGCGAGUCUGCUAAAAUUAAAGCCAUGGGAAUCACAUCCAGGCUCCCAUCAGAUAAGAUGGUCAAACUUCUAAAUAUCUUGGAGAAAAACAUACAAGAUGGUGCUAAACUGUCAACAAUGAUCAAUCACGACAAUGAUACUGAAGAUGAAGAGCGAUUAUGGAGAGAUCUCAUCAUGGAGAGAGUAACAAAAUCAGCUGAUGCUUGUCUAACUGCUCUUAAUAUCAUGACUUCUCCCCAAAUGCCAAAAGCAGUUUAUAUUGAGGAUGUAAUAGAGAGGGUUCUUCAAUACACUAAAUUCCAUUUGCAAAACACUCUAUACCCUCAAUAUGAUCCUGUUUACCGGAUUGAUCCUCAUGGAGGUGGUGUUCUGACCUCUAAAGCAAAGCGUGCAAAGUGUUCAACACAUAAGCAAAGAGUAAUAGUAAUGCUGUACAAUAAAGUAUGUGACAUUGUAAGCAACAUGUCAGAGCUGCUUGAAAUUCAACUGCUCACUGAUACUACAAUCUUACAGGUGUCCUCAAUGGGAAUUACACCUUUUUUUGUAGAAAACGUCAGCGAACUCCAACUAUGUGCCAUCAAACUGGUGACUGCUGUAUUUUCAAGAUAUGAGAAGCAUAGACAACUGAUACUGGAGGAGAUCUUCACUUCAUUGGCAAGACUGCCGACUAGUAAGCGAAGUCUAAGGAACUUCAGGCUAAAUAGCAGUGACGUCGAUGGUGAGCCUAUGUAUAUACAGAUGGUUACAGCCUUGGUUUUGCAGCUUAUUCAGUGUGUGGUUCAUUUUCCAGCGCAGAAAGAUGCCAAUAGUGAAGAAGAAUAUGACAAAAAAGUAGAUCAAGAUGUGUUGAUUAUAAACUCCUAUGAAACUGCAAUGAGAACAGCACAAAACUUCCUAUCAGUCUUUCUAAAAAAGUGUGGAAGCAAGCAGGGGGAAGAGGAUUACAGACCUCUCUUUGAGAAUUUUGUCCAAGAUCUUUUAUCUACUGUUAACAAACCUGAAUGGCCAGCUGCUGAGUUGUUGUUAAGUCUGCUUGGAAGGCUUCUGGUGCAUCAGUUUAGUAAUAAACAAACAGAGAUGGCUCUGAGAGUUGCAUCACUGGAUUAUCUUGGAACUGUUGCAGCAAGACUGAGGAAGGAUGCAGUUUCAAGCAAAAUGGAUCAGUCAUCAAUUGACCGAAUACUUAAACAGUCACCUGGAAACGAUGAAAUACAACAGUUGCAGAAGGCAUUACUAGAUUACCUGGAUGAGAAUGCAGACACUGAUGCUUCAUUAGUCUUUGCAAAGAAAUUUUACAUUGCACAAUGGUUCCGGGACACUACAACUGAAACAGAGAAGGCAAUGCGGUCACAGAAUCAAAAAGAUGAGGAUUCUUCAGAGGGCGCUCAUCAUGCAAAAGAAGUACAAACAACAGGAGAGAUAAUGCAGAAGGCAGAAGCUCGGAAGAAAUUCCUUCGCUCAAUCAUAAAAGCUACGCCAUCACAGUUUAGCACAUUAAAAAUGAAUUCUGAUACAGUGGAUUAUGAGGAUUCAUGUUUGAUUGUCCGAUAUUUGGCCUCCAUGAGGCCGUUUGCACAGAGCUUUGAUAUUUAUUUAACACAGAUUCUCCGCGUCCUUGGAGAGAAUGCUAUUGCUGUUCGAACUAAAGCCAUGAAAUGUUUGUCUGAAGUUGUAGCUGUGGAUCCAAGUAUACUGGCAAGGUUGGAUAUGCAGCGUGGGGUCCAUGGUCGUCUAAUGGAUAACUCAACCAGUGUAAGAGAAGCAGCAGUGGAAUUACUGGGACGCUUUGUAUUAAGUCGCCCACAGCUAACUGAGCAGUAUUAUGACAUGCUAAUUGAGAGGAUACUGGAUACUGGUAUCAGUGUCAGAAAGAGAGUAAUAAAGAUUUUACGUGAUAUCUGUCUUGAACAGCCUACAUUUAGCAAAGUUACUGAAAUGUGUGUGAAAAUGAUACGCCGGGUCAAUGAUGAGGAAGGCAUUAAGAAACUGGUGAAUGAAACAUUCCAGAAGCUUUGGUUUACGCCAACUCCUAAUCAUGAUAAAGAGACAAUGACACGAAAAAUACUUAACAUUACUGAUGUGGUUGCUGCUUGCAGGGACACUGGUUAUGACUGGUUUGAACAAUUGCUUCAGAAUCUUUUGAAGUCAGAAGAGGAUUCCUCAUAUAAACCAGCCAAAAAAGCAUGUGUACAGCUUGUUGACAAUCUGGUAGAGCAUAUCCUUAAAUAUGAAGAAUCUUUAGCAGAUUCAGAAAAUAAAGCUGUGAAUUCUAACCGUUUGGUUGCUUGCAUAACUACUCUUUACCUGUUCAGCAAGAUCAGGGCACAGCUAAUGGUGAAACACGCCAUGACCAUGCAGCCAUACCUCACUACCAAGUGCAACACUCAAAGUGACUUCCUUGUCAUCUGCAAUGUUGCAAAGAUCUUGGAGUUGGUUGUACCAUUAAUGGAGCAUCCAAGUGAGACUUUUCUAGUCACAAUUGAGGAAGAUCUUAUGAAGCUGAUUUUUAAAUAUGGCAUGACAGUGGUUCAACAUUGUGUGAGUUGCCUUGGAGCAAUAGUAAAUAAAGUUACACACAACUACAAGUUUGUCUGGGCAUGUUUUAACAGAUACUACGGUGCAAUAAUAAAGUUCAAAAUACAGCACCAAGAAGAUCCUAAUAGCACUGUCCUCACUGCCAACAAGCCUACACUGCUACGUUCUCUCUUCACAGUUGGUGCCUUGUGCAGACACUUUGAUUUUGAUCAAGAAGAGUUCAAAGGAAACCAAAAGGUGGUGAUUAAAGAUAAAGUCUUGGAAUUGCUGCUGUAUUUUACAAAACAUGCAGAUGAGGAGGUACAGACAAAGGCCAUCAUUGGAUUAGGGUUUUCAUUUAUUCAGCACCCAAAUUUGAUGUUUGAACAAGAAGUAAAGAAUUUAUACAAUGGCAUUUUGUCAGACAAGAAUAGCUCUCUUAACCUAAAGAUCCAGAUUUUGAAAAACCUUCAAACUUAUCUUCAGGAAGAGGACACACGCAUGCAGGAAGCUGACAGAGAGUGGAAGAAACUGUCAAAGCAAGAGGAUUUAAAAGAAAUGGGUGAUAUUUCCUCAGGCAUGAGCAGCUCUAUAAUGCAGCUGUACCUCAAACAGGUCCUUGAGGCUUUCUUUCACACACAGUCAAAAGUGAGGCACUUUGCUCUCAAUGUGAUUGCCUUGACACUAAACCAAGGUCUAAUUCACCCAGUACAGUGUGUACCAUACCUGAUAGCCAUGGGCACAGACCCUGAACCUACAAUGAGGAACAAGGCUGAUCAGCAGUUAGUUGAAAUUGAUAAGAAAUACACGGGUUUUAUUCAUAUGAAAGCUGUUGCUGGAAUAAAGAUGUCCUACCAAGUACAACAAGCCAUUUGGGCAUCCCAUGAUACUAUUAUCAGGGGGUUUAGACAAGAUGAGAACAGCACUGCUUUGUGUUCACAUCUCUACACCAUGGUUCGGGGAAAUCGUCAACACAGAAGGGCAUUUCUUAUUGCUCUGCUCAACCUGUUUGAUGACAGUGCAAAAACAGAAGUAAACAUGCUUUUGUAUAUUGCGGAUAAUCUAGCAUGUUUCCCAUACCAGACACAAGAGGAGCCUCUCUUCAUAAUGCACCAUAUUGACAUCACGCUUUCUGUAUCAGGCAGUAACCUACUACAGUCCUUCAGAGAGUCUCUAUUAAAGGAGGAAAGGGUGAAGGAAAAAACAAAAAAAUACUUCUCAGAAGAUGAUGAGGAUGAGCAAACUAGUGAAAGUGAGGAGGAAGAUGAGGAAGAAGUGGAGGUUAGAAGACCUAAGAAAUCCCGGAGAAGGGUUAACUCCGACUCAGAAUCAGAGUCUGAAAGUGACUUUGACGAUGUGGAGCAAGUAAUGAAUCGACUACCAGACAGCCCCAUUCCUCUCAUUGAAUUUGCUAACGCAUCCCAAGGCAUACUACUUCUCUUGGUUCUGAAGCAGCAUUUGAAGAAUCUUUAUGGUUUUUCUGACAGUAAAAUCCAGAAGUAUUCUCCAACUGAGUCUGCUAAAAUAUAUGACAAAGCUGUAAACCGAAAGUCAUCAGUACAUUUUAGUCCUCGGCAGACGAUAGAAUUUCUGUCAAAUGAUAUGGCAAAUGCAGAGUUAACAGAUGAGGUUAAGCGGAAGAUUGUGAGACAGUAUCUUGAUUUCAAAUUAUUAAUGGAACAUUUGGACCCUGAUGAAGAGGAUGAAGAGGGUGAGGCAUCAGCAAGUGCAAAUGCCCGAAACAAAGCUAUAAAUGCACUUCUUGGAGGAGGAAGUCCAAAAAACAACACUGCUGACACUGAAGAUGAUGAGAGUGAUGGGGAAGACAAGGGGGGUGCUUCAGGGUCAAAAAGACCGAAGCGGGGAGAAUCGGCAGAAGUCACGGGUCAGUUGAAUGAAACUGUAGAAGCCAUGGAUGUUAUUGCAAUUUGCUGCCCAAAAUACAAGGACAGGCCACAGAUUGCCAGGGUUAUACAAAAGACCAGCAAUGGCUACAGCGUUCACUGGAUGGCAGGUUCUUAUAGCGGAGCAUGGGCAGAGGCUAAGAAGCGAGAUGGACGCAAACUGGUGCCUUGGGUAGACACUAUAAAAGAAUCGGACAUCAUUUACAAGAAAAUUGUUCUGACAAGUGCACAUAAGCUGACUAAUAAAGUUGUUCAGACUUUACGAUCACUGUAUGCAGCUAAGGAUGGAACUUCCAGCUAAUGAAUUUACAAUUUCAGCCAAAUUCACAGGGAUUUAAAAAAAGUAAACAAAAACUUGAAAAUGCAACAUUUUGGCAAAAAAUUUUUUUUUCGUAUGUGAAGAAGUAUAAACGUGCAUCCAGGACACUGAAAACAAAAUUAAACAAACACCCCAGAAGGAAAUGUUUGGAAAACAUUUUGUGGGAGCUUCCUUCGCUGUUGUGCAGCAGAAACUUCUCAUUUGAUUUCUACUCCCACUGUAUUAUAGUUUAAAAAAUGUUUAUAUCUCGAAAAAUUCUGUUUAAAAAAAAAAAAAUAAACUUAAAGUGAAUGUUGGAAAUUAGUCUGUUAAUGUUCUUAAUAAAGUGUUCUUGGAGUUUAACCUAGCGACGGAUGGCUUUCUUUAGCUUAGCUCAGUUUCCAGGGAAACGUUUGUUUUUUUCCAAGCUGUAAAAUGGCAGAAGUCUCCUGGAUAUAAUUUAUUCUGUUGAAAAGAAGCAUGCAGUAUCUGUGGCCUAUUUGCAGGAGGAGUUUUUUUGUAAAUGUAGAUUUUGAUGUAUUAGGUCACCCUGGGUAAUAAGAGAAAGGGAUCCCCAGCAACACUGGAGGAACAAAUACUGCAAUAAAUUUUUUUACUUCUUUGUUA